AUGAGUGAAGGACGAUGGGUCUCCCUCUCAUCAGAAGAAUUUGAUCAACUCCAGAAAUACUCCGAAUAUUCCUCCAAGAAAAUAAAAGAUGUGUUGACUGAGUUUAAUGAAGGUGGAAGCCUCAAACAAUGUGACCCACACAAGCCCAUUAGCUAUGAUGUCUUCAAGCUGUUCAUGAGGGCAUACCUGGAGGUGGACCUUCCUCAGCCACUGAGCACACACCUCUUCCUGGCCUUCAGCCAGAAGCCCAGACAGGAGACACCUGACCACCCAAAGGAGGGGGCCAGCAGUAGUGAGCCCAAUGUCUCAGGUUAUAAUUCGGAUAACGCUGCCAAAGCAGACGAGGCCUGUGCACCAGACACUGAAUCAAAACUGGCUAAGAUACAAGCACCGCCUAAAGACCUAGAGGCUGUAGCCCCAUGGGAAGAUCCUGAUGCUCUGUCUUCCAGUCCAGAUGCUCCCGUGGUGUACCUGAAGGAUAUCGUGUGUUACUUGUCCCUGUUGGAGACUGGGAGACCUCAGGAUAAGCUAGAAUUUAUGUUUCGUCUCUACGAUUCUGAUGAAAAUGGACUCCUGGACCAAGCGGAGAUGGAUCAGAUUGUGACCCAAAUGCUGCAUAUUGCCCAGUAUCUGGAGUGGGAGCCCACGGAGCUCAGGCCUAUAUUGAAGGAGAUGUUACAAGGAAUGGACUACGACAAGGAUGGCUUUGUGUCUCUACAGGAGUGGGUCCAUGGGGGUAUGACCACCAUCCCAUUGCUGGUCCUCCUGGGAAUGGAUGACUCUGGCUCCCAGGGGGACGGGAGGCAUGCCUGGACCCUGAAGCAUUUCAAGAAACCCACUUACUGCAACUUCUGCCACAUCAUGCUGAUGGGUGUUCGGAAGCAAGGCCUGUGCUGCAUUUACUGUAAAUAUACUGUCCACCAACGCUGUGUUUCCAAAAACAUUCCUGGAUGUGUGAAAACAUACUCCAAAGCCAAAAGGAGUGGCGAGGUGAUGCAGCACGCGUGGGUGGAAGGGAACUCCUCCGUCAAGUGUGACCGGUGCCACAAAAGUAUCAAGUGCUACCAGAGUGUCACCGCGCGGCAUUGCGUGUGGUGCCGGAUGACGUUUCACCGCAAAUGUGAAUUAUCAACGGUGUGUGAUGGUGGGGAACUCAAAGACCACAUUUUGCUGCCUACCGCCAUUUGCCCCAUCACCCGAGACAAGCAAGGAGGGAAGUCCGAAGGCAGCGUGGCUCCCAAGGGUGAACUUGUAACGCAGUAUAAGAUCAUCCCUAGCCCAGGAACUCACCCCCUGCUGGUCUUGGUGAACCCCAAAAGUGGAGGGAGACAAGGAGAAAGAAUCCUUCGGAAAUUCCACUACCUGCUCAACCCCAAACAAGUUUUCAACCUGGACAACGGGGGGCCCACUCCAGGAUUGAACUUUUUCCAUGAUACCCCAGACUUCCGAGUUCUUGCCUGUGGUGGAGAUGGGACAGUUGGCUGGAUUCUGGAUUGCAUUGACAAGGCCAACUUCACAAAGCACCCACCAGUGGCUGUCCUGCCUCUUGGAACAGGGAAUGACCUUGCUCGAUGUCUCCGCUGGGGAGGAGGUUACGAAGGGGGCAGCUUGACGAAAAUCCUAAAGGAAAUUGAACAGAGCCCCUUGGUGAUGCUGGACCGUUGGUAUCUAGAAGUCAUUCCCAGAGAAGAGGUGGAGAAUGGAGACCAGGUCCCUUACAACAUCAUGAACAACUACUUCUCCAUUGGUGUGGAUGCUUCCAUUGCACACAGAUUCCACAUGAUGAGAGAGAAACAUCCUGAAAAAUUCAACAGCAGGAUGAAGAACAAGCUGUGGUAUUUUGAAUUUGGUACCUCGGAGACCUUUGCAGCCACCUGUAAGAAACUCCAUGACCACAUAGAGCUGGAGUGUGACGGAGUUGAGGUGGACCUGAGCAAUAUCUUCCUGGAAGGCAUUGCCAUUCUGAACAUUCCCAGCAUGUACGGAGGCACCAAUCUCUGGGGAGAAACCAAGAAGAACCGGGCUGUGAUCCGGGAAAGCAGGAAGAGCGUCACAGACCCAAAGGAACUGAAAUGCUGUGUCCAAGACCUCAGCGACCAGCUCCUUGAAGUGGUGGGUCUAGAAGGAGCCAUGGAAAUGGGACAGAUCUAUACUGGCUUGAAGAGUGCGGGUAGGAGGCUGGCCCAGUGCUCCUCUGUCAUUAUUAGGACUAACAAGCUUCUGCCAAUGCAAGUAGAUGGAGAGCCCUGGAUGCAGCCGCGUUGCACGAUUAAAAUCACUCACAAAAACCAGGCACCUAUGAUGAUGGGGCCUCCCCAGAAGAGCAGUUUCUUCUCAUUGAGGAGGAAAAGCCGUUCAAAAGACUAA